AUUUUUAUACAGAGAAAUUAUGAGCUGCCAUUGGAAGUGGAGAAUUCUUGCUUUUUUUCCUCUUCUUCUUCUUCAGUGUUGCUGUAAUGGGCUGAAUUUUGAUGGGGUUCUCUUGCUUUCCUUCAAAUAUGGCGUUUUAGAGGACCCCCUUUUUGUGCUUCAGAACUGGAAUUACUCUGACGAUACCCCCUGUUCAUGGCGCGGAGUCACCUGCGCUGCCGGCGGCGGCGGCGGCGGUUCUAGAGUUACGGGUUUAUCUCUCCCGAACUUUCGGCUUCUGGGUUCUGUCUCUCCUGAUCUGGGGUUGAUUGAAAAUCUUCAAUCUCUUGAUCUUUCUAACAAUUCGUUUAAUGGGUCUCUCCCGGGGACUCUGUUCAACGCCUCCAUGCUCCAGUUUCUUGAUUUGUCGGACAAUUUGAUCUCCGGCGAGGUUCCGUCGCCGGUGAAUCGGCUUGGAGAUCUCCGUGUUCUGAACCUCUCUGGCAAUGCUCUGGCCGGGAAGAUUCCGGGUGAUCUUGCGAAUUUGGGGAACCUCACGGCGGUCUCUUUGAAGGGAAAUUACUUUUCCGGUCGGAUUCCCGGUGGGUUUAAAUCGGUUCAGGUUUUGGAUCUGUCUUCGAAUUUGAUCAAUGAUUCUCUGCCGUCUGAUUUUGGAGGCGACAGUUUACGUUAUCUGAACAUCUCUUACAACCGAGUUUCCGGCGAAAUCCCGCCGGAUUUCGCCGCGAAAAUUCCGGCCAACGCCACGAUUGACCUGUCCUUCAACAAUCUCACCGGACAAAUCCCUGAUUCCGACGUGUUCAUGAACCAAGAAGCGAGCUCCUUCACCAGGAACCCCCAACUCUGCGGCGAGCCGACGAGGAGCCCCUGCCCAAUUCCUUCCUCGCCAGCGUCGCUGCCGCCGGCGAUCGCCGCCAUUCCGAAGACGCUAGACCCGAGCACCCCAGAAACCACCUCGCCGGAAAAACAGAGCAAAACAGAGUUCAAACCGGCCACAAUAGUAGCCAUUGUACUCGGAGACGUCGUCGGCCUCGCAAUUCUGUGCGUCCUCUUCUUCUACGUCUACAAUUUGAAGAAAAAGAACAAAAAAGUGGAAGCCAAUUUGAAAAACGAAGCCAAUUUAGCGAAAGAAAGCUGGUCCACGUCUUCCUCUUCCUCAUCGUCGUCGGAAUCCAGAGGGCUCUCCCGGUGGUCCUGCCUGAGAAAAACAGGGGAUCACGAAGAGGGGACUUCCGAUCAGGCCAGCGACGGCGAAGGCGGUGGCGGUAGAAAUGGAGACGAAACGACGGCGCAGAGAGAACAGGGGAGCAACAGAGGAACUCUGGUGACGGUGGACGGGGAGAAGGAGCUGGAGCUGGAGACGCUGCUGAAGGCGUCGGCGUACAUUCUCGGCGCCACCGGGUCCAGCAUUACGUACAAGGCGGUGCUGGAAGACGGCACAGCGUUCGCCGUCCGCCGGAUCGGAGACGGCGGCGUCGAGAAAUACAAAGAUUUUGAAAACCAAAUUCGGGUUGUUGCUAAAUUGGUACACCCGAAUCUGGUUCGGAUUCGUGGGUUCUAUUGGGGUUCCGAUGAGAAGCUCAUCAUCUACGAUUUCGUCCCCAAUGGCAGCUUGGCCAAUGCGAGAUACAGGAAAGUGGGUUCAUCGCCUUGCCAUCUUCCAUGGGAGGCCCGAUUGAGAAUAGCCAAAGGAGUGGCCCGUGGGCUUUCUUAUCUCCACGACAAGAAGCACGUCCAUGGCAACUUGAGGCCCAGCAACAUUCUUUUGGGCUACGACAUGGAGCCCAAGAUAGGAGAUUUCGGUCUCGAGAAGCUCUUCUUGGGCGAUGUCAGCUACAAAGCGGGCGGCUCGACUCGGAACUUCGGGAGUAAGCGAUCCACUACUUCUCGAGAUAGCUUCCAAGACUUCGUCACUGGGCCGAGUCCUGGGCCGAGCCCGAGCUCGAUUAGUGGGGUGUCGCCGUACCACGCACCAGAAUCGCUUCGGAGCCUGAAGCCCAACUUGAAAUGGGAUGUGUACUCGUUUGGGGUGAUAUUGCUCGAGCUACUAACUGGGAAGGUCGUAGUAUUGGACGAGAUGGGUCAAGGGCUUGGACUUGCCGUCGAAGACACCUGUCGAGCCUUAAGAAUGGCUGACAUGGCGAUCCGUGCUGACGUGGAGGGUCGAGAAGAAGCGUUGUUGUCGUGCUUUAAGUUAGGGUAUAGUUGUGCAUCUCCAACCCCACAAAAGAGACCAUCCAUGAAGGAAGCCUUGCAAGUUUUGGAGAAAUUUCCAACCCUGUCCACGUCAUCACACUAUUAUGGUAUAUAAGGAGAGGGAAAAAAAAAGAAAGAAGAAAAUUAAUGUAGAGGAGGUGUUUGUGUUAUUAACUGACGUAGUCCCAUGCAUGUUUGUAAUUGUGUGAUUGAUCUAUUGAAUAGAUUGGCAUUUGUCAUGUUAUGGCCCA